AUCUGUACCAACAUGAAGGAGGCGGGCGUCAAAGUGUGCACUCAUCAAAGAGGUGUGCGGUGGCUUUUCUUGUUGCUGUUUUUCAUACCCAAACUUCCUGGACCUGAUCUGAGCGUGCAGGCCAGCAGACACUACAUGGACGCAGGCUGAUUGUGAGUAGGUGGAGAGGAGCGGCUAGACGUCAGAUGACUGAGUGGUUAAAUGGAUGAAUACUAUGACUCAUGGGCUUAGGAAUUUGGUCAUAAAACUCAGAAGAAACAAAGCGGCAUCCCAGGGAGAGCAGAUCCUGACAUUUAAAAGCUACAUAGGCCUGUGGGGUUCCGCUAAUCUUAGUUAAAGUUGUUUCCGUUUUACAUAUUUUAACAUCAUCUGUUAAAGAUUCAUCCACAAGUUGCAUCCUGCCAUCACUGAGCACUCAAAAAUCCAUCCACUCACCCUCCCUCCCGCCAUGACGGGGGGUGUUGUCCCAGCUCCCCAGCGGGGGGACCCAGCUGUUGCAGCGCCCAGCCCCCUCAGCACCACCCCUGGGGAUCCCAUGGAUGUGGAGUGUCCCAUCUGCUACCAGGAGUACAACCAGUACAACAAAUGCCCCCGGAUGCUGGAGUGCCUCCAUGUUUUCUGCACCGAGUGCCUCAGAAGGAUCCAGCUCUGUCCCCGUGAACCCCUCGGCCCCGGCAGCACACCAGCCCUCCCCUGCCCUCUCUGCCGCCACCUCACCCCUCUGGAGACCGGAGAUGCCCUCUCCUUACCCUGCAACUCCCGCAUCCUGGCCAGGCUGCCCACCAUGGCCUUCCACCUGCCUGUGACCAUGGCAACGCGCCUGGCCACUGUCACCCAGAGAGUGGUGCUCUCCCUGGAGGGCGACAGCAGGGACGCCCGCUUCAUCAUCCUGCCCACCGUCAGCCUGCGGGUGCAGCAGAUGCACCCGGGCAGGCCUUAUGGCAUGGCGCCAGGCCUGGUGGGUGAAGAGGAAGUCACACAGCAGAGUAAGAAGACGCUGUUCUGCGUGCAGCUGCUGGCCAUCACCUUCUGGUUGCUGUUUGUGAUCACCUGCGUGGUCGGGGUGGUGUUCGGGCCACAUUUCUUGAACAGAAAACAUUAAAAGGAAACCGGAUUUAUCUCCUUUUUUAUAGCAGAUAUAGUGAUCUAGAGAUAGAGACUGUAAUAUAUAUAUUUUAACCAGUGUGGUUGCUAUUCACCCUGUAGUCAUGGAACCAACUUUUAUUAUACUUUUAUUUAUAUAAUA